CUAUAUCCUUGAGAAGCUAGAACUAUCUGUGCGCUAGCACAAUUUCUUUCGGGCUUCCUAAAGUGCCAACAAAACGGAAUAUAAAAAUAAAUAUUGCGGAGCUUAUAUUAUGGAAAAUAGUGAACAGUGCGUAAACAAAAUUCAGACGCGGCCUACAGGGUUUAAUAUCGAUUUCGACAAUAACCAUGUCACUUUGCCACAAAAGUUUUUAAGUGUUCUUGAUUUCGCUUUUCGAACGAAAUUGUUUAAAGCGUGGAUACCGAAUCAUUAUGUGAAUAUAGAAAAAUCUACUUUGCGACGUUUUUCUGAUAAUCGUUCAACCAAUUGCUUUGUAUUUAUUAUGUUAAUUAUAUUUUUCACUAAUUAUGUGAAUUUUGCAUUUUGUACUGAAUCGAACUCUAAGGCCAUUGUUGUGCCGGGUACGUUAACGGUGAAAGAAGUAGAUCUGCGAUUAUCUUCUCCUCCAUCUGUGUCGUCAUCACAAAUCCAAACAAGAUCUGAAACGGAAAGCAGUCUGCGAAUAAUUGGUUUUCGUUUAGAGGAUGAAAGCUCUGAAUCUAAUAACGGUAUACCCACUGUGUUAAGUAAUCAAGAGCAAACACUUCGAAUUUUCGGAAGGGGAAUUCUUAAAAAUACGCUAAUAACUUUUACUAAUGAGGAAAAUGAUUAUCAGGGGCCCUGUCUUAAGCCAGCUACAGACCUCAUGAAACCACGAGAUGUCUCCAGUGAUGGGUCUUCAGCGACGUACGUUGUUAAGUUUCCCCCGUCUAGUAAUGUUUACUACAUAUGUGCUAAAAGUGCCGACGAGGCAAAAGGGAACAGCGCAUUAAGCACUAAACCCCUUGAGCAUCAAGGAAAAAACCAAUGGUUAAAAAUAGAAGCACGGGAACCUUUAUUGCCUGUGUGGGUGGCAAUUUUAAUUAUUGUAACAUGUCUUUGUUUCUCGGCGUUGUUCUCAGGUCUCAACUUAGGACUAAUGGCGAUGGACCGAACUGAAUUAAAAAUUUUACGAAACACUGGCACGGAAAAAGAAAAAAAGUAUGCUUCAAAAAUUGCACCCGUCCGGGAUCAAGGUAAUUAUCUGUUGUGCAGUAUUCUGUUGGGUAAUGUGUUGGUUAAUUCCACCUUUACCAUUCUCCUGGAUGGUUUAACUUCUGGACUGUUUGCUGUUGUUUUCUCUACAUUGGCUAUCGUGUUGUUUGGUGAAAUCACGCCGCAGGCUGUUUGUUCAAGACAUGGCUUGGCAAUCGGAGCAAAAACAAUUUUGAUAACAAAAACUGUAAUGGCCAUAACAGCUCCACUUUCAUAUCCAGUCUCCCGUUUACUUGACAAACUUUUGGGUGAAGAAAUUGGUAAUGUCUACAAUCGUGAAAGGCUAAAGGAACUUGUUCGCGUAACUAACGAUAUAAAUGAUUUGGAUAAAAAUGAAGUCAAUAUUAUAUCGGGCGCGUUGGAGUUACGUAAAAAAACAGUUGCAGAUGUAAUGACACAUAUAAACGAUGCAUUUAUGCUUUCCUUAGACGCUGUGCUUGAUUUUGAAACCGUUUCUCAAAUAAUGAAUUCGGGAUAUUCUCGAAUUCCUGUUUAUGAUGGCGACAGAAAAAACAUUGUCACAUUACUUUACAUAAAGGACUUAGCUUUUGUUGACACCGAUGACAACACACCGCUAAAAACUUUGUGCGAAUUUUAUCAAAACCCAGUCCAUUUUGUUUUUGAAGACUAUACUUUGGAUAUUAUGUUCAAUCAAUUUAAGGAAGGGACGAUCGGUCAUAUAGCAUUUGUGCAUCGCGUUAAUAAUGAAGGCGAUGGUGAUCCAUUCUACGAAACUGUUGGUCUUGUUACUUUGGAAGAUGUUAUUGAAGAACUUAUUCAAGCAGAAAUUGUUGAUGAAACCGACGUUUUCGUCGAUAACCGUACAAAAAUUCGCAGAAGUAGAUACAAAAAGGCAGACUUUUCUGCAUUUGCUGAACGUCGGGAAACUCAAGCUGUCCGGAUUUCUCCUCAGUUAACAUUGGCCACGUUUCAGUACUUAAGCACAGCUGUUGAUGCGUUUAAAAAAGAUGUCGUUUCGGAACCCAUAUUACGGCGCUUACUUAAUCAAGAUGUUUUUCACAAUAUCAAAGCAAAGGGGAAAAAUAAGGAUGACCCGAAUCUAUUUAUAUUCAUCCAAGGAAAAGCUGUGGACUUUUUUGUACUUAUUUUGGAAGGCCGAGUAGAAGUAACAAUUGGAAAAGAAGGUCUCUUGUUUGAAAGUGGUCCGUUUACUUAUUUUGGAACUCAAGCAUUGGUUCAAAAUGUAGUCAUAGAUUCACCUACACAAAUGGGGUCACUGCAGUCCUUAAACAUGGAUUCAAAAAUUCGACAAACUUUUGUGCCUGAUUACUCUGUACGUGCUACAUCUGAUGUUAUUUAUAUAGCAAUUAAACGUAGUUUGUACCUGACUGCUAAGAAAGCUACAUUGUUGGAAAAGAGCCGUAAAUCGGGGACAUUCUCAAAUGAGACAUUUGACGAUGAAGUGGAACGUUUACUCCAUUCAAUAACUGAAGAUGAAAAACCACGAUUCCUAACAGCCAGUCAAAGUGCAAGACGCCUUUCUAAGCCGAAUCGAAGUAUAACAUCGUCGCCGACUAACAAUGACAUAUCGUUUGAAGAAAAAAGCACUGGCAGUCAAAUUCAUGGCGAACAGAGAAAUGUUAAUGCAGAGCACACAGAAAAUGCCUCUAUAAGUAGUUUGUUUACUUCUGAAGUUGGAGGUGAUUUUCAAAGUGAAGAGCACGAUGACAAGAACAACCCAGCAUCUGUGCCGCUUCUAUCGCAACCAAAUCAUAAAAUAGAGACCCGGCAAAAUUAGCAGCAAUAACGAUACCGUACUAAUGUUAAGAAAUUCUUGCAGAAACUUAAAUUCUUCGUUUCUAUUGCAUCACUGUAUUGCCAUGUUUAAACCAGCUUAUUUUCUUGUUAUUUAAAUACUAUUCGUUUGAUUUGUGUUAUACGCAUUUUUAAGAGUAUAAUUUGUUGUUUCUUGAGGUUAUAUCAGUUUGUUACUAAGAUUGCAAUGAGAAAGAAAUCAUUGAACUAGAGUUUUGAACCAAUUAACGUUAUUCCUAGAUAUCCAAAAGUGUGGAUUUUGUUGUUCAUUGUGUUAUGAAAUUAUAUACUUACAUGCUUACAUUAUAAAUACAUUACCUCAUGAAAUACGUACUUAAGACGAAAAUGUAGCAGCGCCUUUAAAUAUAUUUCUCUACCACACUAAA